UAGUAUAGUCACCAGCCGUGUGACAUCCGUCCUAGCUACCUCUCUCUCUCCUCUACCGUUCUGAGGACUUCUCUGGACCACAGUCUUUGGCCAGAUCCCUUCAGACCCCAGUCCACCAUGACCCUUCCAGGCCACCUCGUGUUCCUGCUUCUGCUCCAAGUGGCUGCAAGUCAGACGCCAGCAGGUUCCUGCUCCGGAUGUGGGCCUCUGUCCCUGCCGCUCCUGGUAGGCCUGGUGGCUGCAGAUGCGGCCUUGUCCCUCCUGAUCGUGGGAGUGGUGUUUGUAUGUCUGCGCCAACACAACAAGCCUGCCCACGACGACGGCAGAGUCUACAUCAACAUGCCUGGCAGAGGCUGACCUCUGCGACUUCUGACCGCCCAGUCCUGGAUCAAGUGAGGGUACCUGGGAACACACUCCUUACAGACUGGAAUAAAGCUUUCAAAUCCCUCUA